GGUGUACGAAUGUUCCCAGCCCGACCACGGCGGAAGAAACCAUGCCGGCGGGAGUGCAGGUGCUGCCGAUGCAGCCUACGAAGCAGAUUUUCUGGAAGGUGGCGAUCGGGUUGUUGGUGCUCUUUUCGCUGUUGGUCCUAGCAGGGGCUGGGGUCAUCAUCUGGUACUUUGUCACUCGCAACCAAAGCUCCCCUGAGCCAUUGGUGGCGGUGCGAUUCAUUGGCUCCUUCACCAUCACGGACGCCACCUUCGAAGCGCCACUCGUCGAUCCGUCCAGUGCCAAGUUCCGGGCCCUCGCGAGCUCCACACAAGCCAAGAUCGAUGAAGUGUUCCAGUCAUCAGUGCUGUCUCCAUACUUCAAGGAAAGUAAAGUUUUGGGCUUCAGCAGCGGCAGCGUAGUGGUGCGGUUCCUACUGGCGUUCGCGGUCCAGUCGUUCGGCAGCAACAAGUUGACCCGCCAGAACGUGCUGGACGCGUUCCGCAGCGGUGACCUCUACGAUGCCACCACAGGCACGAGCAUCAACCCUGGCUCGAUCGCCAUUAACUCUGAUGUAAAGACUGGAGACUUGGAUAUCGUGGCAGACUGUCUGGAGGUGGUGAACUUGGGCGCCGACCCCACGGUGUCGGUGACAUCGCGGGCCGGAAAGUCGUGCGCAUGGAUGAUUGUGGCGCCCGAGGGCUCCCUGGUCCAACUUGCACUGCAGGCCGACCCCUCCACGACCGUCUGCACCGAUGCUGUCGCCUUGUAUGAUGGGGUCCUGCCUGCUAACAGCAGCCUCGUCGCAGACACGUGCACCCCGGCCUCUGGGGCAAUCUCUUUCCAUUCGUCUGGGCGCAUCCUGCUGCUGGUGUGGCACAACCUCGCCAGUGGUGGCAGUGGCAGUAGCCACCAAUUGGACGCCGUCACCCAGGCUGUGAAAAAACAAGAGUGUGGGGGCGUGCGUCAGCUGCUCCCCACCAUGGAAUCUCAGGGCUUCGUGUCCACGCCUUUCUACCCGGACUUCUACCCCCCAUAUUUCAGCUGCAAUUGGACGUUCAUGAUGCCAAAUGACUCAUUUGGGCUCUCUCUAAACUUUGAGGGAUACGAGCUGCAAGCACAGUCACCAUCAGCAAGCCCUUGCCAGUAUGAGUUGUGGAUCAUCAACGGACAAAACUACUGCGGGAGCCUCGUGAGUGGAUCGCGCAUCCUGCGCGUUUCCACCGGGAUGCUGUCGGUCUCCGUCAAGUUCGCGUCGCAGGGAAUCCAGACCCGCGGCGGGAUCAGAGCUGCUGUCAAUGUCUACGACAUCUACAAUCCGUGUCCCAGGGGAGGAUUCCUGUGCAGCUCCAACUCGGAGUGCGUGACCAUGUGCAACGGAAUCCCCGACUGCCCCGACAAGAGCGACGAGAUGAACUGCUCCUGUCCCAUGCAGUUCGAAUGCGCAGCAGGCGCUGGCUGUGUGGCCUUGUCCGCCGUUUGCAGUGGCUCUGCCGAUUGUGCUUCUGGGAACGAUGAGAAGAGCUGUCUCGGAGAAGAGGUCCCAUGCAGUGCGUUCACAUUCCACUGCAGCAGCGGGCAGUGCAUCCGCAAGCCGAACCCGGAGUGCGACGGUCACAGCGACUGCCCGGAUGGCUCCGACGAGCACUCGUGUGCCUGCGGCAAACGGAUGGUGCAGAGUCGUAUCGUGGGGGGUGAGAGUGCCGUGGCGGGUGCCUGGCCAUGGCAGGCCAGCCUGCGAAGCGGCCUUACCAACAGCCACCACUGUGGCGGCUCCCUCAUCCACCCGAAAUGGGUCCUCACGGCCGCGCACUGCGUCGACAGAAAGGCUGAGGCUCUGAGUGACUGGACGCUCUUAUUCGGGAAACUGCUGCUGGACAAGGAAGACCCGAUGGAGCAGCAUCGCUCAAUCCGCCAGAUCAUUGUGCACAGACAGUACGUCGGCACGGGGAAUGACUACGACAUCGCGCUCCUAGAACUCGACUCGCCCGUCAACCUCACGGAGCAAGUGCAGACCGUGUGCAUGCCGGCCGCGUCGCACGUCUUCCUGCCGGGACAGAUGUGUUGGGUUUCUGGCUGGGGGACUGUCAAAGGCAACGAUUUAUCCCUAUCCAACAACUUGCAGGAGGUCCAACUGCCCCUGAUAAGCCAGAGCGACUGCAUAGGCAGCUACGACCAUGCAACGCCACGCAUGCUGUGCGCCGGCUACCCUAACGGAGGAAAGGACGCGUGCCAGGGCGAUUCGGGGGGUCCCUUGGUGUGCGAGGAUCGCGGCUCCUGGUUCCUCGCCGGCUUGGUGAGCUGGGGCGAUGGCUGCGGGCUGGUCAACAAGCCCGGCGUAUACACCCGCGUCACCGCAUUCGCCAAGUGGAUAAACGACAUGAUCGCCCAAUCUUAACGAUCGGGCUCAUGACGGGCAAGUUUUUCCCACGAAAGAUCCCUCCAACUCGGUCCACCCGGCGGCAUGGAUGGGUGCAUCAGUUGGUCGAACGGCUAGUCAGCGCGUGUGCUGGGGGAAAGCGUGGGUUCUCCUCCCGCACUUUGCAAGACGAUCUGGCCAGUGCGGAAGAGGAAGCCAAAGUACCUGCUGGAGAGGAGCUCUUCAUUGUUUCUUCUAACAGAAGGCCCUUCCACCAGCGGUGGUGUGAGAGAAAAAAAAUGUGCAGGGCUUUGCACCUUUACCUGUACCAUAAUGAUCACAAGGACUCGCGUGUAUUAUUUAUUAACUGUGCAGACGGUGCUCACUAUUGACGGCUUAGCAUCAAACAGUAUCUGUUUACGGAUGUUUUAAUCAGGACAAGUUUUUUGGAAGAGGAGUGUUGAUAAUGGUCAUAGAGUGAAAUGUGAAACAUAUGAUAUAUGAAUCUUCAGUGAAGAAAAUCUUCACCUGUUUACUUCCUCCAUGAAGUAUGACUACGACUGCAACUUGGUGGAGUUGUGAAUCCAUCAUCAACUUAAUGUGAACACGCCAAGAGUGUGUUUGUAUUAUACACUGCUGUCUUUGGUAAUAAUGAGGUUGGCCGAAGAUGCAUGGGGGGGGGGGGGGUGUUCCUACGUGGUUAUAAAGUAGGUUAUCUGGUUAAAGCUUGGUUAUCUUUGACAGUGGUCAAAAGUAACAUAUCUUUAAGGUAUAAUGAUAAUUUCACCAAAAUCGAAUCUCGCUAGAGUGAAUGCUUUUCACCUUUGUAUGUAUUGUAGGUACUCGGUUCACGUGACCCCCCUGAAGCCACAAGUGGCCGCUAGAUUCAACCCAGUGUGAAGACUUAACAACUAAUGAUCGAUUUCACAAUCGAAUCACAACGGUGAAUCGCGGCGAUUCAUCGAACAGUCGGGGAAUGAAUCUUCUUGACAUUUGUGCCAAAUAGUGAUAAGGAGCAUGUCGCAAAACCUAAAGCAUCGAUUCCACGAAACUUAAUUGUUCCACUUUAAAUGUAAUAUUGCUUGUGUGUUCUGCAGAUUUUAUUUUUUAAGUCGUCUCGGUAUAAAAUGGCGACGUAGUGAUGUGACAACCCCUUCUUUGUAUCGCACUUUACGCCCACGAGGACACGUGCAAUUUAUUAUCGGGCUCGCGGGAUCGAACAGUGAUGACGUAAAACUGCACGUCUGCACAAGUGCAACACUGGGAUAUUUUUUAUCUCAUUUCCUAAUUUGAAGGAAACCGAAUUUCCACGAGGUUCAGAGAAACACAUCUACUGAAAUCCACCCGUGUUCACCUCAUUUGAAAUGCAACACUAAAAAGGCCUGGCUUCUGUACAAAAAAGGUUGUCCUGCCUGGAAUGAAUCGCAUAUUUGUAAUUGCGAUGUUGCAGAUGGCACGUAGAAUGCCGUGGUGCGGAAAUAUCCUGUCCGUGAGUAAUAAGCCAGAUUUAAAUCUUGGCUUAAAGAUUUCGUGACUGCAGGAAUUCAUAUUCUUUGGGUCUUUCGGUAAAGUCACGUAGAUAGGUGCAAAGAAAAUAACAAAAAACUACGACGUUUCGAUCGCAACACAAGCGGUCGUCAGCAGGGAAACUGAGUUUGCCUUUAGAAGUAAACCCCCUUUUCCUGAUGACGACUGCUUGUGUUGCGAUCGAAACGUCGUAGGUUCAAAGAAAAUAAUAAAAAAACUAUCUACGUGACUUUACCGAAAGACCCAAAUAAUAUGAAGCCAGAUUUAGUUAGAGCCUAGUCUCACAUGGGUUGGUCGAACCCAUGUGAGACGAGGCUCGAAGGAAAGCUGUCUCGGGUGUGGACCAAUCAACUUCAAGGACAGUGCACAUUAUCAGAGUUAUGUUUUUGUUUGCAAUGACUGCAGGUAUUGUGGUCUAUGUAAACAUGACUCCUUGUAAAAAGGUGUCGGUUUUGUUGCCAGAUACAAGGGUAAAAAACCAAUUAUCAUAUUUUUACUGGCAAAUGAGGUUCCAAUGGUGCAGAUUUAGUUUGUUGGAGCACUUGCAUUAGCAAUGUGAAUAUAAUGUUAGAAGUGGGAUUUUUUAAAAUUAAAUCUUGUGCAGCAGUGUAUGUUGAUGAGAAGCAAGCAUUUUGCCUUGUAUUAUUUACGACAAUUCCAAGGGACAAUUAAAUAUAUUUCGUGAUUUUUUUUAAUAUUACUGUGAUUUAGCAUUUAAAGCUGGUGGGGGAAUGGUGGCACACUGGUUGGUGCAUUGCACUAUGAACCUCGCAAAGUCCCGAGUUUGGUUCUCUGCCAUGGCUAAGUGGUGAGUGAUAUCCCAGCCACUGUCGGUUAAAAGUGCCACGCAAUAACCGCAACGCAUGGCUGGAAUAAGCCUCACCCCCCCCCCCACCCACAGAUUUGCUUUAAUUGUAAUCGUCGGAUAUUAGAAUUUCAAGCAACGAUAAAAGGCUUGACUUGUUAAUGUUGCUACAUAACAAUUGUAGUAAAAUAUCCAAUUUUAAAUGGACACUUUUAAAAAAAAAAUAAGCUUGACCUGUUGGGUUAAUUCCCUGGGGCAAACAAAAUCGUAUAGUGCUAUCAAUGCACGUAAUUAUGUAUUAAUUAUCAUAUAGAUUUCUGUAAAAAAAAGUACAGUAUAUCUUUUAAACAAGAUGUUAUUUCAAUGAAAAUUAUGUGUACGUAUUGUGAAUCUUCUUUGGUCAUUGUGUAAAGUUUACUGUUGUAAAUGGCAUUUAUUUUAAAGCUGCAAAAGUUUUAAACCCAGCGUUGUACGUUUGCUAUAAAUUGAGCCAACGACCUGUGUGUAAACCUUGAAAUUAGUUCAAGUUUGAGAAGCCUAUGGAGUAAUGUUCUUUUAAAAUGAUUGUUGCAAUUUGUAACUUUAUAUAAAAAAUAAAGACCUAAACUAGUUCUA